CAGGUGUGUUCGACGUGCAAAUCGACUGCAGUAGCCAGCAUCGGAAAAUUAGCCCCCAAACACAUAACACAAACAGAAAAAACUGGCAUAGCCUGUUUAUAAUCGGCUCAUGUAAUCAGAGAGAUGUCAAACUGGGGGUUUCUGGAGAACGUCCUGAGUGGGGUGAACAAGUACUCCACAGUCAUCGGCCGCAUCUGGCUCUCCAUCGUCUUCAUCUUCCGCAUCCUGGUGUAUGUGGCGGCUGCUGAGCAGGUCUGGAAGGAUGAGCACAAUGACUUUGUCUGCAACACCCAGCAGCCUGGCUGUGAGAACGUGUGCUUCGACCACUUCUUCCCCAUCUCCCAGAUCCGUCUGUGGGCCCUCCAGCUCAUCAUGGUGUCCACUCCAUCCCUGUUGGUGGCUCUACACGUGGCCUACCGCGAGAACAGGGAGAGCAGGCAUGGCAAGAAGCUGUAUGAGGACAAAGGUAGGAUUGAUGGAGGUCUGCUCUGUACCUAUAUCCUCAGCCUCGUCUUCAAGACUACCUUCGAGGUGGGCUCCCUCCUGGCCUUCUACUUUCUCUACAGUGGCUUUGACGUUCCCAGACUGCUUCGCUGCAGCCUGGACCCUUGCCCUAACACCGUAGACUGCUACAUCUCCAAAGCCACUGAGAAGAUGGUCUUCCUCUACAUCAUGGGCUGCACGUCCAUAUUGUGUAUUGUACUGAAUGUCUCUGAGAUGGUAUACAUCCUAUCUAAACAGUGCUGGAAGUGUUUUAGCAAGCGGUAUAUCCCCAUUGAAGAGAGAGCUCACUGGCAUUGUAAUCACACUGUCCCAAUCAGCAACAGUACCUCAACCCUUCACCCCACACCUAACAAAGAUACAAUGAGCUCACAAGAUCCAGCUUCAAAGGGAAACCAACCCUUUCCCUCUUAAAUUGCAUUCAAUUACCAAAUAAUUUAUUGUGAUCAGAAUUCAGGACUUCUUUUAACUUAAAUGAUUUCAGAAACUAUGUAGUACUUGUAGUUAUUCACCUUUAACUUUUUUGUUGUUGUACUUUAUUCAUAGAUUUUCAAAUAUGAGAACAGAAAAACAGUACAACCCCAUCCCCUCAUCCAUCCGCCCCUCCACCCACCCACAAAGCACCUUUAACAGAUACUGUUACUUUUAGCAUUAGGGUCGUAUUUAAGGCCUUUAUGUCUCAAAAUGGUCUGCUAAUUGAAUCUAGUAUAAUUUAUAUAAUCACCUUUGGUAUUACGAUUCAUUACCCAACAAUCUAAUAAAAAUGGUUGGCCCUAUAUGCUUAUAGAAAAUAAACAUUUAGGCUAUUCUUAACUUUAUUUAGGCUAUUUGUAUAGUGCUGCUCGUCGGCAAUCUACUCUCCAAAUAAUCCAUCGGGAUAGGCUACAUAAUAGGUGGCCUCUGACAGGUGUUUGACAUGCAAAUCGACUGCAGUAGGAUCAUUUCAUAAAAUGACUUCCUUUUGCAUCCCUUUGAUGUUUUUAGUAGAAAUUGUGCACACAUAUUGACAUUUAAAAGCCUAUUAUAUCAAAUGAAGUCCUCUUUAAUAUAGACAUUAUGGAAAAUACAAUCAAUUGGAUUUUUAAUAUGAAAAACACUUUUGUCAUGUCCCUCUGUGCACCCUCUGCAUCUUCUAGGAAAAUUAACCCACUUAGCCAACAUUUCUCAAAUAUCUCACCAUUAUUGUAAAGCCCUAGUCAUUGCAUUACUUUGACAGUCAUUUCAGACUUUGGUAUUAUGAUUAACAAAGAAUUUAAAAAAAUUAAAGCUUAACAUUUCUACUUUCA